AUGACUGAAGAUAAACCAGCCGUCGUCUGCGUCUUCUGCGGGGCCACAGCAGGGAAAAACCCAGUACACCUGGAAGCAGCCCGGGCCCUAGCCUACGAAUUCCACAAACACAAUGUCCAAUUGGUAUACGGCGGCGGCACCUCAGGACUAAUGGGCGAGGUCGCAAAGACACUAGUCUCUCUAUCUGGCCCCAAAGCCGUGCACGGCAUAAUCCCCCGGGCCCUUGUCAAAAUAUCCGCCAAGAACAGCAAGGAAGCUCCCACAGCGGCGGCGGGAGGCAAAGCAGCCGAGCGAGUCGUCUCCGAAGCAUUGGAUGGAGAUGAGAUCCCCGAGUCGGAAUACGGGAUUACGACUAUCGUGCCGGAUAUGCAUACGCGCAAGCGGUUGAUGGCGACGAAGGUAAUGGAGGGCGGGCCUGGGUCGGGGUUUGUGACGCUGGCUGGUGGAUUUGGGACGAUUGAGGAGGUUAUGGAGAUGACGACGUGGAAUCAGUUGGGGAUCCAUCGUGUUGGGGUCGUGUUGUUGAAUAUUAAUGGUUACUGGGAUGGGUUGCUGGCGUGGGUGCGCAAUGCCGUCGAGGAGGGGUUUAUCAGUGGUGAGAAUGGGUCCAUUCUGGCUGAGGCGCUGGAUGUAAAGGAGGUGUGGCCUAAGUUGUUGGAGUAUCGGUGUAGCGAGGGUCGGUUAAAGUUGAAUUGGGGCCAGGAGUGA